AUGGCCAACCUCGCUGCCAUCAUCCCCGCGGCACAGGCCCCGCUCGAAGUCAAGCAGGUGGAAAAGUACACGCCCGGCCCGAAGGAGAUUCUGGUCAAGAACGAAGCGAUCGCCUUAAUCCCGGUGGAGGCCAAGAUUGCCAAGUUCGCCCUCAUCCCGAUCCCGUACCCGGCGAAUCUGGGCCUGUCGUACGGCGGCACGGUGGAAGCGGUGGGCGCGCAAGUGACGCGGUUCAAGGCCGGCGACCGCGUGGGCGUGCGGACCAACGGCAUGGGCACCGGACUCCAGUACGGCGGGUACCAGCGGUACGUGGUCGCGCCCGAAGACACGGCCACCCAGGUGCCGGACGGGGUCGAGGUCGGCACGGUGGCCAGCAUUUUGGGCAACUUGAACACCGUCCUGGGCCUGUUCAACGCGCGGGCCAAACUCGACCGGCCGGCGCUGGACGGCAACAACAGCAGCGCCAACAAGAGCAAGAAAGUCUUGAUCUACGGCGGCACCUCCAACCUGGGCACCCUGUCGGUGCAGUACGUGGCGCAGGCCGGCUACUCGGUGGUGACGACGACGUCGCCCAAGCACGCCCGCUUCGUCGAGAGCCUCGGCCCCGUCCACGUCGUCGACCACACCCAGGACCACGCCGCGCUGGUCAAGGCGCUGGUCGCCCAGGGGCCCUACGAUCUCGUCGUCGACACCAUCUCCCUCCCGCCCACCGUCGCCGUCAACGCUGCCGUCGUGGCCGCCCAGGGUGGCGGCCAAGUCCUCACCACCUCGCCGCCGUUUGGGCCCGGCCCGCAUGACCUCCCGGAGGGCGUCACUCGCGUCUUUGCCUCCUGGCCCGAUAUCAUCCCCUCCGAGGGCGAGCCUGGUCUGGAACUCUGGGCCUACAAGACUUACCUCCCGCACGUGCUGGCCAGCGGCACCCUCAUCCCUCCGCAGACCGAAAAGGUGCCGGGCGGGUUGGCAAAGGGCGUCAACGACGCCCUGGACAAGCUGAUUGUGGGAGUCAGCGGCGUCAGGUUGAUCGUCGAUCCGUGGGAAUGA